CGACGGACGCGACUCUGUCUUCCACCUGCUGACGACCUUCUGAUCGACAAUCGGUCACAGCACCGACGCUCCUCCUUCCCGUCCCGAACCUGUACAUACCUUCUCGACGCCGCUACCAUGGAUCAAGCCGAUAUCCCCGCGCUUUUGUCGCGCCUCGCGAGCGACGAGGACGCCGCCAGGAAGAUGGCCGUCUUCAAGCUGCAGUCCUCUAUAAACGACCCUGCCUUCGCCGACGUUUUCAUAUCCUCGGGAGGCUUGGUCAUUCUUCGACGCCUAAUUAUGAGUGCGGGAGGAAACACGCUGGCGUACUCGUUGCAGAGUUUGACGCGCCUUUUGGAGGUAGACAUGGGCUGGGAGAUAUUUGAGGGAUCAUCGUCAGGGGAUCUCGUGGAGCGCAUUGUCGAAUUGAUCGUUACGAACCCUCUUGUCAACAUUUUGCGCGGUGCCAUGUCGAUCUUGGUCGCCCUCGUCGGCCACACACAGUCUUCUCGCCCGACGACCCCUCGUACCCCGGGAUCCUUUGGUUUCAGAGCCCUGAAGCCCGCCGUCGCAGUCUACCCGCAGUUCUUUGAGCUCGUUAUCGCCCAGCUCCAGUCCGCCGACCACGCGCUGUGCGCCAAUGCCCUCAUGCUCAUUAAUGCCAUGAUCCGCGACGCUGUAUCUGGCGACACCAACAUCACGAAGGCGAACAACCCUGCGAUGGAAGAGUGGUCAAAAUUCAUCAAGCGCUUGCAAGAUCUCGGUCUCAUCAAGGCAGUGUACAACCUGAUGCAGAGCUCGUCCCUACAGGAUCUCGCGCAUCCUCUGCUUGAGUUCCAGUCCUUGACUAAGGUCCUCCUGAGAAAGUGGCGGGAGGUGAGGGUUGAUCUCGAGCGGCCCGAGCACAGACGGGGACUGAAGGGACUUCACCUUGCCAGCAACCCGGAGAAGCAAGUCAAUGGCAUUCACCGGUUGGACGAGAUUAACGAGCUUGGGAAGAAGGGAAGUCGGCGCCACAACCCUGAGAAAUGGAGGAGACUGGGCUUCGAAACCGAGAGUCCUACACAGGAGUUUGAGGUCCCCGGCUUCCUGGGCAUGAUGGACCUGACAGACUACGUGCGCAAGAACGAGGACAGCUUCCAGAAGAUGCUUCUGGAACAAUCCACAAAACCAAGGAACGAAAGGUGCCCGGUCGCUAGGGCAAGUCUCGCGGUCACGAUGAUCCUAUACGAUCAUUUCGAGGUGGAGAAGUCGGACGUUGAGGACAUUAAGGGUUACCAAGGCUUGGACGGUAUCAAAAACAACGAAAAGCUAUUCCGUCCGCUCCUCCUCCAGUGGUCGCGACUCCACACAGCCGGCCUGCAAGCUUUCUUCCGCGUAUGGAAGUCCACCGCUGCGGAGCACCUGGACUUCGAAAAGGUGGCAGAACUGGUCCGAAUUCUCAUCGAGCAAGUUGUCGGCCAGGCAAGCCGGACCAAGGACGUGUUGGAGGUCGAGGAGGAGCUGCUUGAGUACGACUGCACUAGACUACGAGAGCUUCAGAUGGAGCUUUUGGAACUGUCGUUCGAGGAUCAGUGGGGUCAGCAUUUGUAUCAAGUCCGAGAGGAGUUGAGGCAAGAGGCACUUCAGUUUGUGAAGGAGCAGCGGAUCCGAUGUCUGCUCCAGGGAUCUUGGUUCUCCAAGCCGCUACCACGGCGAGACACCAACCCUAGAGACGAGAACCUCAAGCGUCGUUUGUAUACGCCGCGCCCUUGGCGGUUCGCUAAGCUCUCGCACAAUCGCCGGUACUUACACUACGCCGACUUCGAGGCACAAACAGCACAGGAUCCGGGCCUUGACAUUUUGACGGAAAAGGUCGAUCUCAGCACCAUCAGCUCAGUCGUGUCCAAUGUGUCAGCCUCCAAUGAGGAAAGCCGCAGCGCAACUAGCAGUUCGACGCUCAAGAACAACGUGACGGUCAAAUCGACAACCAAAAUCACAAUCUUCAGCUACGCCAAUCCUGCGGAAGCUGCCGGCGGCGGCGAUGCCAAGGAGCAGGCCAUCCUGACUCUCAACCCGGUCACGCACAGCCUGGCGUCGGAGUGGCUUGACGGUCUGCUGAUGCUGCUCAACCAGGCCCCCAUCACGGCCGAGACGAAUAAGCUCGUGAAUCUCGUGAGCGACUUUGGGCUCAAGAUUAGGCUGCUCAACGUGAGAAUCGAGGCUGCGUACACCGGGCCACCACCAGGCGCCGGAGUGAUACCUAGCAGGGACGGUCUCGACGAGGACUACUUCUACGACGUGUGAGAGACUUUGUAUGACCGGGGUGGUGAGGGCUCAGUCCAUGGAAUGGAGAGCGGUCCGAAAUCGUUGAUUUUUCCCUUUGUGAUGCUGGUUUUUUCUUUGGUGGCUUACAUAUACCCGCGUUUUCCUCUUGCUCUAUACCGGCCAGAGAUGUAACGAAUGGAGCCAAGACAGGGGGGGAAACUCUUGAUCAGCUGUUUUUUCUUCUGGCUUGGGUGCCUACAAUGAA